AUGGAUAACGAAUUCUUUGUGCAAGAGAUGAAUGGGGCUGUUAUAUCCCUUCUACAGCAAAGUCCCACCGCAGUCGGCGACUCCUUAGCAGCUAUCGGAGAAAGCUACGUCAAAGAUUCCAUGGAUCUGGCCUUAGUGCUGAAUCGCAAGAUGCGCCUUCUCCGUCGACUACGACUAAUCAACGAGGACGGAAGCAAUCCGGAGCUGGUUAUGAUGUUGCUACUUGCACUUUGUGGAGUUGAGCUUGUGGACCCUCGAUCUGAUGAUGGCGGGACGGCACUCUCCGCGCUCAUUGCCAACGCUUCUGUCAUUUUAGAGGUCUACCGCCGCCAGGGAAAGAAGCUGAAUGGAAUGACCAAGUACUUCGUGAGAGGAUUGGCGCGCCAGGACCUCCUCAUUUCUCUGUCUCGCAUGCAACGCACGAAGAUAGACCCACAUAUUUGGCUGGACGAGUACUCCAUGAGCCAUGCUGACCGAUUGAUGGGAUUCACAACCACACUAGCUCCAAUACUUUCGAAGCUUUCGGCUCUUGCAGAAGAUGUCUCUUUUGCGCUGGAUAAUCGUUUCAUUACCGAUAGGAAACACAAUUCCGAAGAGUCGAUGUCUGAUGACGUCGCCAUUAGAUACAGUAAUUUAUUCGAGAGGGAAGCAACGAUACGUGCUCAAUUGAUGGCCUGGCGCCCUAUUCGCGAUUCAUCCAUGUCAAUACAAGUCUCACAAAAAUUUCUUCUCCACGCAUAUGCAUGGCGAGCAGCAGCGCUACUAUAUCUAUUUCGCCUUUUUAAUCGACCAGGGAGUUCGACGAAAGCAGAUACAGAAGCCCUUUCCAUGGCCUACGAGAUUGUGGCUCAAAUUUCUGGCUCACCUCAAGAAAUCAAACUCUGUCUUUGGCCGCUAUUUAUUGCUGCUUGUGAAGUGGAAAAGCCCGAGGAUCGGCUUCAUGUGUCUCGAUUGUUCGAUGAUAUCCACCAAGCUCGGCCCAUGGCCACUACGAGGCGCACCAAGUCCUUUUGUGUGGAGCAAGUAUGGCCUGCACGGAAUUCAGGCGCGAAUUGGGACUGGAUGUUUUUGGCACGGACUGCAUGUAAUGGCCCUAUCUCGCUGUAG